UUCUUUUGUCAUAUUUGAUAAAAUAUACAUUUCGUUUAGCUCAAAUAAUUUCGGCAUACAAAUACAAAAUUUCCAGUGAUACUGAUCUAAAUACUAUUUAAUGGAUAGCAGAAACAAAAAUAAAAAUCGUAGACAGAAAAAUAAAAAUAAGAAACCAUAUUCAUGGAAAAUCAUCAAUCGACUUGUCGAAUCAACUUCAGAUCAAGAUAGUGACGGUACAACUGGAAGUGUAGGUGGUGAACGAAUUCGUGAUAGCAGCCAUUGUUCAACCACAGCUGAAUUGAGUAAAAAGUCAACUGACAGCAUUCCAACUGUUAUUUCAAACGAAAAAGAAUCAUCGAGUCAUGCUUCCGAUAGUGGACAAAAAACUGAAAAAGAAAAAAAUACACAAAAACUCGUAACACAAAAUGGUGAGAAAAAGAAGAAACGUGGAAAAAAUGAUAAGAAACCAAAUUAUAUUCAUAAAAAUAAUGAUAAAGUAAAUUCUGUGAUAAAUGCAUUAUUAGUGGCAGCUCUCUUAAUUGUAUCUGGAUUAGCAAGUGGCCAUUACAUUGCAUCACAUUCCCAAACAAAAUUAGUAUCACCAUCAAUCCCCCCACCACCAAGAGUGUCAACAACAAUACUAAAUCAUUAUGUGAACAAAACCAUUGAAAUGUAUCAAAAAUUACUUGAAGAGAAUAACGUGCUGCGUGAGAAGAUACAGACUUUACAGAAUAAUUUAGAAAGUCAAGCCACUGAUAAUGAUGAAAAUAGACGAAAAAUGAAAAAUUUUGAGGAUAUUGAAAAUGAUAUCAUACAAGGAAUAUUAAAAUAUAUUGAAAAAGAGACUAAUGACAACGUUAAUAACAAUAAUUACAAUAAUGUAGAUAAAAAAUCAAUAAAUGAAAUUCCAAAUCCUAAUCUAAAAAAUAAUAUCCAUACAAUAACAAAAGAUGAAGAUGAAUUUAAUCAGAUGAUAGAAAAAGGAAAAUUUUUACAGCGUCGCUUAAAAAGGAAAAAAUUUAUAAAGGAUGAAAAUAUUGCAAAGAAUGAAAAGGUAAAAAAUAAUCAAGAGAAUUGUAAUGGAAAUGAUGCGUUCUUAAAUGAAAAGGAACGAGUAAAAGAAAUAUUAAUAGACGCUGAUCAUGUUACGCAUACAGUUUGUAGUGAACCAAAUUUAAAUCACGAACCGAAACGUGAUAGCACAAACAAAUGUAAAAUCAAUAAAAAUAAUGGUUAUGUAAAUAAUAUACGAAAAAUAUUUGAGCCAGAUACGAAACCAUCAAAUAUUAUGUUGGACAACCAGCAAUCUAAAUCCAUUGUGACUCAAUACGGUAAAAAAGAAACACCAAGCGAAAAAAAUAAAGAAAAUUAUUCACUAGAUGGAACAUGUUCGAUACACGACAAACCAGCUGUCCUCAAAACGUCUAACGAAUUAAUUGGGCCUAAAUGCACAUCUAACGAGUUGAUUGGUCCUAAAUGCACAUCUACAGAAUUAAUUGGACCUAAACGCUCAUCUAACGAAUUAAUUGGACCUAAAUGUUACAGUGAAGAAUUUGAGCUCGAAUCACAAUAUUUGAAUGACACAAAAGCUGAUAUUCGUAGCUCAAAAAGAAAAGCAAAAAAUCGAUCUAAUGAAGGAACUAGCCGGAUUCGAAAGAAAAUUAAACCACCACAUGAUACAAACAUAACAGACGAGUUGAUUUUAUGAUACUACAAAUUCUAUAGUUAAAUAAAAUUUCAUACUAAAAACU